CCGUGCCGCCCCUCUCCGCCAUCGAGCCGCUCGGCAGGGGCCACUGGUGCAACCCUUGCCCAAUCACGCGCAAGGCGGCGGGCGUGCAGGUCGGCACCGGGCCGCGCCGCCAGCUCGAGCAGUUUUGCCGCGCCGAGGCGCGCGGCGCGAUCGGCACCUCCCCUCACCGCACCUGCUGCGCGCCCGACGAGCGGGGCUGCCGGCGCUGCGGCGAGGGGGAGAAGGCGCCGCUCAACCCAAAGGCGCUCGCGUGGCCCGUCUCGGACUGGCUGCGGGGCUGGGCGUCGCUGCAGUACCCCGCCGAGUUCGAGGCCGUCAAGGAGACGUGGCAGUGCUCGCACCCGUACUGCACCGGCCGAGACCGGAAGGCCUUCCCCUGAUCAGAGAGCCAUUUCCCCCGGAGCGUGGAGAGCUGGAGGGCGCGGGCUGUGCCGACGACGCGUGCGCGGUUCCUGGGGGGGGGGGCGUCGAGGGCGCCCCGCCCAGGCUGGUGUGAGCUCUCGAUCGUGUUCAACUUGUGCGCGAUGUGUGAUGCUGAUGGGGUCCGCGUGUUUAAUAUUUAUAUACGUCCAUUCCCAACUCUCGC